GAUAUCUCAGAUUUUGGGCAAAUCGUUUUCAAUGACACUUACUCUAUCAUGUUAAGAUGUUAAGUAUGUCCAUUUGGCCAAUCACUUGACAUAAAUUCCACCAGCCAACUAGAAAUAGAUUGGUGGGUCAGAUUCGAAGUACUUAUUAUUUGAACGCCACGCGAUAUAAGGCAAUCAACACUUAAAGAGUUGGGAUGCUCUCUACUUCACAGUUCUUUUAAGCUGACAGCUACCUUACUUCAUUUACAUUACAAAAUCUUAGAAAUCUCCCCACACAUAUUCCCCAUCAAUAAUGACCGACUGGAUUCGAAAAAAGAGUGUUUAUAAAAUGGCAAUUUAUGAAUAUGAGUAGCUCACUAUAGCUGCUGUUAUACUACUCAUCAAGCAUAUAAUAGAGUUGAUCAACAAGAAGAAGAAUAAGAUGAAAGAGACAGGUAUCACUGGGAGAAUCCCUCUCUCCUGAGCCGCUGAGUGGAGUCAACUUGAUGUCAUGGAGUUGCUUCUCAACCAGAGUGCUGAGCUACACAGAACAGAGCGGAAUGAAAGAUCAGCUUUAAGCUGAGUGGCAGAAGACAAAUCUCUUGCAGCGAUUGAACUGCUGAUCAAAAGAGGUGCGGAUGUGAAUCUGCAAGAUGUGGAGGGAACUGGGCUGCUUGGCUAUACUCACUGAGCUGGGCAUAGAGAAAACUACAAUCAUGUGAAAAAUCUACUUUGAAAUCAUAGUGCAAGAGAUCCAGAUGUUGAUUUAACCUCAAACAGAGCACAGGAUUAGGGAUUAGUUUCCUUAAAGAUUGUUACACCUUCAUAGUUCGCUAUGAACUGCAUCAAGCAGCCUUCUUGAGGCUUCCUCGCUUUCAAGGUCUAUGCUGCAUCUCAAUCAACCAGAACAUAUUCUCUCCCAUUCUCUAUGUAUCCAGCAAGCUGUCUAUAACUCGAGGCAGGUUCACCCCUCUGAGUACAUUCUGGGUUUGAACAGUGUUCUUGUCAUAUAUUGAAUUGCUCCUCUGAGGAGUGCUUCGUGCAACACAUCACAACAGAUAAACAGUCAUUUUCUUGUCUUCUAAUUUCUCCCUGACCAAGAAACACAUGGGAGCUCUGAGAGUAUGCUGCACGCUUGCGUGGUGACUCAGGAUGCAAGUGGGUAGACCCAAGUCCACGCUUGAGAGACUAUUUCUCGGCGCAAUCAGGCAAGGACGUUGGUGAAGGCGUUGGCGAUGGGGAUGGCACUGCGGAUAGGGACGGCGUGCGAACGUUUUGGUAGCUAGAGAUAGAAUCAUUGUGGUGUUCAUCACUGUGAAUAAUAAUUAGGAAGCCUGCUCUCUGUAAGAACCGGUUAAUGGAAUAGAGAGGUAGGGGCAUGCUUACCAGGGCUGGUGCCUACUCUAAAAGGCGAAGCUUUGGAAAAUGUUGUUUGAAAAUCUCCCUUUUUGAGAAAAUCAAGCAGCUGGGUACGCAGUACUGCAGCCCCUGUUUCCAGUAGUUACUGAAAAAGUAUCAAUUUUCCCAACUUCCAGUGUCCCAGAAGGUCGCACGAUGAUGAACAAAGCAGAGGUUUCAAUACCGAAAUCUCAUGACAAUAUUCGCCGUUCAGAAUCAUCUCAAGUGCCUGUGUGUCUCUGGAUUGAGGCACUUCAACAGAGGCAAGCAGCAUAUGAAAUUCAUCUCGUUGACGAGAUUCAGGCGGUGAUGCGCGCGAACUGUUGGCACUUGACGGUCAACAAAUAGUAGUCAAUCGCGAUCCACCAUCGAAAACGCCUUGGGCAGUCGCCGCCGUGUGUCCCCACCGCCUGGCAGAGGCCAGCCAAGAAUGGGGGGCCUCAGGUUGCCCCAUUUUGGCUCAUUAUUCGAUCGUAGUUUUAGCGUCCAGGAACUGUGUGCUGGGCUUGAAGGAAGAUGUGCAUUCUUGGGAUAUUUACUCUCAGGUCCGUCCAUUCACGAAUGAUGUCUUGGCUAUUGUCAGGACGAGAAGAGGAACAGACACAGAGCGUCAACCAAUAAUUCAUGCUCAACAUCAACAAUUGUGUUGAUGUGGAAGAAGGUCGCCGAAUGUGUUGCUUUGUCAUCAAACCUAACGUUUCAGCCUCCUCCCGGCAGCAAAAAUACGAUGAACAACAUCUUCCAUCGCAUCCGGAUAAACGAGUGCAGUCCUCACCAGUCCAGCGCUUGUUCACAAUAGUUCCUCCUUCGCCCGCCCUAGAUAUCAAAAUGAGGCUCAAUCCGGGGUCCGGAGGAUUUGGCAGCAGCCAAUCAGCCGCUUGCUCUCGCUGGAAAACCCCCUUUUGCUCGGCGAAGGGCACUGGGUUCUAGAAUCCCUCUGCGGAGCCUUGUGCAGAGGGUAAAAUGAGCUCUGGCCAGAAUACGAAGAUAAUUGCCAAUAACAGUUGACUAUUCGAUCUGCUGCCAGAAUUAUGCAAGGGAAGCGUGUUGAGCACUUCGGGAUUGUGGACCAGGUUGAGGCUGAAAUUCUGCAUCCUUGAAGCACUACUGGCCUUGCAUUCCAAGAAUCUAUCAAAGAUAUUUUCGAUAUUGUUUUGCGCGCUCGCUGUGCCUCUUAGAAAUUCUGUUAAUUCCCACGAGGUUUCAAUGAUCCGCAGAGAGAGUUUGGAGGGCGGGCAAACCAGCAUCUCUAGUUUCCGAACGGGAAUUUAGAGUAAGAGAAGUAGCCAAUUUGAUAUGGUCAUUGGGUCUCGCACCGUCGCACGCUCUCUGGGCCCAAUGGAAAGGGCAAACACUUUUCCCUGCCAUUGUGGCGGACUGGCGCCAAUUGCAGCUAGCCUUGAUCAACACACCAUCGCAUCCACUCGCAGUCCCACAUUUUUAUCGUCUGGGGAGGGAUCAAAUGAAUGUAAGGGUACAUACGAACAGAAGGCAGAUUUUCAGCGCUUCGCUUCGUUUUACAGGGGCGCAGUGACAGCGAAUUCAAUUGAGACAACUCUUCGGCAAAAGCAUUUCCGAGGAAUUCGAUUCCCCCUUGCCAAAAUUCAUAUAAGAAUGGCGCUGCCUUGCGAAAACAGCAUCUCCAUGUCCAUACGUUGGCCACCUACCCACGCUCUUUUAUCCUGUACUUUCGUUUCCACAGUCGCUCAUUCGGUCUUUACCUACUAAGUUUAUUCGUCUUUACUAUCGCAGUUAUCACCUGCCUGACGUUGUCUACGUGACACUCAAGAGCCCAGCACCAUGCCUUCUGUAAUGAAACUGGCACUCACCGGAGCCGUUGCGCUCCUAUCCGCCCUUCAGGUCAACGCCGCCGCUUGGGAAGCCCGCCAUGGUAUGACCCGUGAUCAAUUCCAAAAGACCUUCGAUGUUCUCGAGGCCAGGAACUACAGCCUUGUCGAGGUCAGCGGAUACACCCUGAACGAUAUCCCCCUCUUUGCUGGCAUUUUCGAGAAGCACGAAAAGAAGCCUACUUUCGCCGCCAGGGGCGAAAUCGAUGCCAAAGAUUACCCUGACCUGUUCUGGAAGCUCCGUGGUGAGGGUUAUCGACCCACUGUCAUCGAUGGCUACACCGUCAAAGGAAACGCCAGAUUCACUACCAUUUGGGACAAGGCGUCCAAGGAUCCCUGGGAACAGAGGAUCGGCAUGUCUGCCGAGGGAUUCCAAAAACUUUUCGACGAGCUCCUUAAGGAAGGAUAUCGUCUGACCUAUGUUAGCGGCUACGCUGAAGGAAGGGAGGCCCGCUAUGCCGCGAUCUGGGAGAAGACCAACAAAAAGACCGAGUGGGUUGCUCGUUUCGGCCUCACCAGCAAGCGAUAUCAGGAGGAAUUCGACAAGAACUUGAAGAAGGGCCUCCGACCAGUCCAGGUCAACGGUUACUCCGUCGACGGCAAGACUUACUUCGCUGCCAUCUGGGAGAAGUCCAACUCUGUCUUCGUAGCCAGACAUGGCAUGACUGCCCGGAGAUACCAGCAGACUUUCGACGAUUUGGUCAAGAGGGGCUACACCCUUUCCGUUGUCAGCGGUUAUGAGGAGCGUGGCUGCAUCAAGUACGCCGCUAUCUGGAACAAAGAUUAGAUUCGGCCAAUGUUUCCGCUUCAGGGAAACGUGUUCGAGGGUCCGUAGGUAUCUUAGGACCGGGCAGAACGGGUUGCAUGAGCCUGACAGCGCUGUUAUCCUAUCACAAUUAGUUUAUAGAUUUGAGGGAUCGAGGGAACUAUUUUAUCUUUAUUCACCUGCACUUUUAUUAAUGAAUGUACUAUUUUGCACGAGUCUCCACACCAGCAAUAUUAUAUUUAAUGUGUGCUUCGUCACCAAGUACUUUGCACUUUCGAAACUUCCUAUUUUUCUUAAAAUUAUGGCUAAUUAUAUUACUUAUUAAGAAACUGGUUCUGCCUGUGAUUAUCUACUUGGCAUUAAUUUUUGAACUUCACCUCAGGGCUAUGAAUGAACUUUUGGCAUGGCUUUGGACCCCGGUUAUGGCCGCUUUGAGGCGCUCUUUGGUUGUGGCACCAAGUACGCGUCGCCAGGAACGUACUCUGUACUUCGUACUCCGUACAGAGUACACUGCUGAUGAAAGCCAAGAGAGAAGCACUAAACAUGGAACAAUAAUAAUCGGUGAACCGAAGGACAAUCAAUCUGGAGUAUUAGGUGUGCAGAUAUUACACAAAACGGGCACCACCGCCACCACCACAUCGCCUAUAUCCUGAGGCUCUCACUCACUCAGAACCCGAAAAGGUUUUCAUCCUCUUUAUACCCCCAGUCUUUCAAAUUUGGUAGCGCUGCCAUCUUAAUUAACCCAGGCGGUCCACACAGAAGGGCGACGUUCCCUUCCUCAGGCCUAAACCCAUAUUUCCGGAUAAUAUCCUUAUUCACCAACCCCUUGAUCCUCCCCUCCGUCAACUCUUGCUGCGGAUUUGAAAGAACAUGCACUAUUUGAAACUGCUUCGGGUGCUGUUUCGCAAAUUCACCAAGCUCAUCCACUAACAAUAUGUCAUCCUCUGUUUUGUUCGCGUCUAUUACUCUGAGGCGGGUUGGGUCCUUUGAACCGCCAGGCACCAUAUCUGAGAGGAGAAUAUGCGCUAUGAGCUGGUAUCCUGGUGUAAUGCCAGACCCGCCAAGGAUUAGCGUGACGUUUUGAAAUUUGAGCCUCUUGCCGUCAAUCACGAAGUGGCCUUGGCCUUCAUAUUCAAUUACACCUGCGGGGCCUUUGACUUCGACUUCUUCGCCUACACGCAAACAGUCCAGCACGUUGCUCAUCGUGCCGCCCGGCUGCUUAGAGCUUGGGAAAUAUGUCUUUACGGCGAGCUUAAAGGUGCCAUCUGCUUCGCUUUCGAAUAUGGGUCGUACAGGUGUGUAGGGUCGAAUUACCAGCCUGUCAGCAAAGUGGAAUCCCAGCUGAAUGUGCUGGCAAGUCUUGAGGCCAAGUCCUUUUGUGCCUGGUGGGAGAGCAAAGGUAUAAAGUUGGGUGUCUUCAGAAAGUCGUUCUUUCUUGCGGAGGCGGACCUGGGUCCAUCUGAUUAUUGUGAAUAAGCCCGUUAGCUAAUUAUCUUUAUGGGACAAUAUCGUUUAGGAGAGGUUCAUUACUUGUGACGCUGGAUCCCAGAGCCAGAACUAGUCGAGUUGGCCGUCACCCUUGCUUUCGCGCUCUCUUCAGCUUGUUUCUUUAUAUAUUCUUUCGUCUUAUCAGUUACAACACCAAGCACGCAUUCUGUUUGUUGUGUUAGCGAUGCACAUUUACGAGGGCAGUGGCAUCUGUGCCGCAAUAUCCUCUCCAAACGUUGGACUCUACAGGAUGUGCAUACCGCUCAAUUUCUGCUGGGCAUAAUCAUCAUGGAUGCUGUCAAAUUCCUCUGUGGUCUCCGCAUGAACCCUCCCGGCAUGUGCCAUAAUGGCAGCUUGGCCGCCCGGGUGCCAGCCGAGCACGCUCGUGGCAUCGUAAACUUUAUUGUUGAUGACGAUCCAACAGUCUGAUUCCGAGUCAUGCUUUUCAAUCUCUUCGCGAGUAAACUGCUUCUGUGGAGCGGCCACUUCAUGUCGGAUCUCAUCAAUCUGCUCCGGCUUCAUCCAGCCCCCUUCACCCGACCCUGGUUCUGUAGGGUGCCGGAAGGUGAUCAAUAGAUCACCAGAUUUGGGGUCCUCGACGAUAUUUCUACGGACGGUGUACCAGCAGUUGUUCAUCAUACUAAAUUCGCGAGGCAUCAUUAGUUACAUGUCUUGCAUAGUUCUACGCAAGGUGUACCAACCCCAAUAAAUUCCAGUUCAGCCUUUCCGAUUGGCAAUUUUUGAAGACGUCGAAACAUCGGACUGUGAUACCACUUGCUUGGGCUAAGUGUGCAAUGUCGACAUCCACAGACCAGUGAACCCAAGUCCAGAACUUUUUGCCAUGGCGAAUUGGUGCGUCCGGAAACUGAGCGACGAUAAUGAUUUUAAUCAGUAAUUCCCCCGUGUCAUGGCUUCCACUGGUUUGCAGACUGAAAAUGAUGGCAAGCAUGGAUGUACUCACCCUACGGAUACAAUAAAGCCAGUUUUUACCUUCGUCUAGACUAACCUCAACACGCUGAACCUCGUGGCCUCCUCCAGCAUAUGCAUACCCUUCAACCCUAUAUUCCUUCCGUUUUAUAUUGUUCUCUGAGACUAGAUCCAGUGUCUCUCCAUGGGCAGGUUUAACAAUCACAGAAUUCAGGCUUUGUUCGUUACACGCAGUGCUGGGGUUGGAAAACAUCGCCUUCGCAAAUUCUGAAUCCAUUUCAGUGAUAAAAUCAGGCACCACGCGAUUGUCGAACACAUGGUAAUAACUAUCAUUUGGCUUGUCAGACGUCCAGAUGCGCGAUAGCCAUUUCACACAUCUUCCACCGACAUAGCCAGGAAUAAUGACGCGCACAGGAUACCCAUGAUCCGGUGGUAGUGCUUUAUCAUUCAUCUCAUACGCAAGAAUAACAUCGUUAUUCGGAUCCAUGGCAUAAUCCAGCGGGAUACAUGUUGCAUACUUGCCCUCGUUGGGUUGAUCUGCCCCUUCGAAGUUGACCCAAGUCCGCCGUUGUGAAGCCUCCGGUGGUAACCCUGCUGCAAGGAGGACAUCUCGAAGCAGCGGUCCUUUCCAAUACGCACACCCACAAGCGCCAGGUCCCCAGUUGAACCCUUUUGACCUUUUGGUCAUGUUCACUUCCUUCCGUCUAUUGCCGUCACAUGCAAUAAGGACGGGAAUAUUAAUGGCAUCAAAUUCGUCCUUCAGCUCUUCCAUGGUCAACACUAGCUUCCCAUUUUCGACUUCAAGUCGAUGAGUUUGCCAGCGCAAAUGAGGGACAGAGCCGUGGUUUCGUACGAAAUGGAUUUUAUUCGGGGUAAUGAGACCGGCGUCGUAAAGCGUGUUCAGUGGCGGUUCGGAGUUGAAUGGGUGCUUGCCCGUGAGGCGAAUGAGGGUGUCACUUCUCGGAAUCCAGUUAUCCGGAGUAAACUGAUCAGCCUCAUCUAUGCAAAAUUGUCUCUGAUCUUCAUAAUGGGCCAUCGGAGACUUCCCCUUGCCGUCGUUCCUUUUGAGAGAAUGCAUGUACUUGUUCUCGUGCCGCAAAGCGCGCAAAAGUGCAAUCUCUUGCGCAGAGUACUUUUGCUUCAAACCAUCACCCUUUCCUGCUCCUGAUUCCUUCUCGACAGCUUGUUCACUUUCGUUCUGUUUAUCUUGUGGUUCCCUGGAAGCAUAGGCGUCUUUCUGGGUGGCAUUCUGUCCACGUUCCCGUCGCCAUUCAUGCUCCUUCUUUAACUGUUCCUCCUCUCCCUGUGUCUUUUUGCGCUCUUCUUCCUCCUUCUGCCUCUUCUGAAUAUUUGCAGGCCAGUCUUGUUGAUUCUUGAUAAAGUCUUCCGUUGUGUGUAACACAUACCGCCACCCCUUUGAAAAAACUUCAGGUCUUUCCAGAUGGAAGUCCUAUGAUCGCCGCAUGGUUCAAGCACAUCAUAUUAGUGGAAUCUAGAUCAAAGAAGUCGGAGUAAACAAAACACAACCUAAACAAAUCGUCCUUCAAUUUGACCCGAGAAAAAGGAAGGAGUAUAGUAUACUUCCUGCUUCGUCAUAACAUCCCUCACAGUAACCAGAUCCCGGCGCUCCAAUCUCUUUUUCAAUUCCUCCUCAAUCUUGAUUGCAUGUUCCUCAUGCUCCAGCUCCUCUUUUAACCACUCGUCUCCCCGGUGAGU